AUGUUGUCACUUCAGCCUAAUAAACGUGUGUCGAGUUUGUUAUAUGAACUCAUAGAUCGUCUCGCCUCUGCGCUGAAAGUGCAUUUCUGUCGCGAGAGCGCAUUUCGCGCGGCGCGGGAUGUAAGGGGGUGGCCGUGGGCGGGCGGCUGGAGAGUUGAGGGGCGCGGGGGGCGGGGAGGGGCGGGCGCCCGUCUGGGCCGGGGGGCGGCCGCGUCAACGACCGCCACUCGGCAGUCGGCGAGCGCGGCAGGAGACCGUUACAGUGAGACCGUGCACUCGCCUCAAUCUCGCCGGUACCAGGCUGCAGCGGUCGCGUGUUCACGUGUUAAGUCGUCACGCGCG